AUGCCCUGUCAGGGCGGGUCCCAGUUUGCUGGAGCAGCUGUCCUGAGGGUCGGGUCCAAGCUGGUUCUGUUCCAGUUGUGCGCUCUCCCCGCUCCCAGCAGCGGCAUCUUUGCCCCCAAAGGGGAAGCAGUGCUGGAGCAAGAGGGGCCGGAGCAGGUGCUCAGCUGGGGCGGGGGCGUGUGCUGUGGCGGGGCCGGAGCAGGAGUAAGCAAGCCGGCGCCCACGCUUCACGAGUGGACUCUAGGCUUCUUACAGCCCUGCUGUGAGAACGGGAAACCCAAGCUGCUGCCCGGGACCCCCCAGCCCACGGGGUUCUCGGACAUCCUCCUCAGCCCCACAGCCUGGGGAUGCGCCGUCUCUCUCAGGGACAGUCCCCAGCCCGAGAGCCGUCCUGUCACAGCUCAGGGCGGCGUUUCCGGGUCCCUCGUCGCCGGGUUGCCGACGCCGUCAUCCUUGUUCAGGGAGCUCCGGGACGAGGAGCUGGGGAGGCUCUGUGCCCGGGUCUGUGCGCUACUGCGAGAGGAGAACUGGGGUCCCGACGCCUCGGACGCCCUGCGGAGGCUCUUCCUCAUCGUCUCGGCCACGAAAUACAGCAGGAGGCUGGAGAGGCCUUGCAUGGCACUGCUGCAGACCACCCUCUGCUCGCCUACCUGCCCCGAGCAGCUCCAGCUGCUCUGCGCCGCUGUCCUGAGAGAGAUGUCGCCCUGCGACAGCCUGAGCCUCUCCUGCGACCACAUCCAGAACACGCGGCAGCUGGGCCUCGUGGCCUCUGUGCUCUUGGCCCAGGGUGACCAACAGCAGGUCAGGAGCUUGGGCCAGCGCGUCCUCAAGGUCCUGGAGAGCCGGCAGCCCGAGGGGCCCAGCCUGAGGUACCUCCUCCCCGUCGUGUCCAAGGUCACCAGCCUGGCCCCGGACGCUCUCCGUGAAGAGCAGACCAGGGCGCUCAGCAAGCGGCUGGGGGACUGGCUCCGCUACGCCAGCGUCCAGCAGGCGGCCGCCCACUCCUCCGGGGGCUUCUUCCCCACGCCUAGAGCCCGGCAGCUGGGCCCUGUCACCGAGGUGGACGGGGCGGUGGCCACAGACUUCUUCACGGUGCUGUCCACGGGCCAGCGCUUCACAGAGGACCAGUGGCUGAACGUGCAGGCCUUCUCCAUGCUGCGGGCCUGGCUGCUGGACAGCGGCCCUGGGGGCUCCAGUGCCCCGGAUGCAGACGACAAGUCAGAGCUGGAAGGCUCCACCCUGUCCGUGCUCUCGGCCACCUCCACGGCCGGCCACCUGCUGCCGCCUCAGCAGUGGCUGCGGGAGAAGGCCUUCGAGUACUGCCGGCGCCUGCUGGAGCAGAGUAACCGGCGAGCCCUGAAGAAGGCAGACGCCGACCUGCAGAAAGCGUGUCUGGUGGAGGCCGUGCUGGUGCUGGACGUGCUCUGCCGGCAGGACCCCUCCUUCCUGUACCGCACCCUCUCCUGCCUGAAGCCCCUGCACACGCGCCUGCGCGGGGACCCAGCCUGGGUGCGGGCGAUGCUGCCCGUCGCCCAGUUCUUCCUGCACCACGGGGAGGCCGCCGCAGUGGACGCGGAAGCCGUCUACCAGCACCUCUUCACCAGGAUCCCCGCUGAACAUUUCCACAGCCCGAUGCUGGCCUUCGAGUUUGUCCAGUUCUGCAGGGACAGCCUGCCUCUGUUCGGCAGAAACCUUGGCGUUCUCAGGACAAGCUUCCCCAACCUCUUCAAGUUCCUGGCCUGGAACAGCCCGCCCCUCACCUCUGACUUUGUGGCGCUGCUCCCAUCGCUGGUUGACGCAGGGACGGCCGUGGAGAUGCUCCACCUGCUGCUGGACCUGCCCUGUCUGACCGCAGCCUUGGACCUGCAGCUCAGGUCGCUGCAGGCCGCAUCCGAGAGGCCGCCCUGGGACGUCUCCAUCAGGGCCCCUGGCUGCCUGGAGGCCUUCCGGGACUCGCAGGUCCAGGGCCUUUUCCAGCACCUGCUACGUACCCAGGCCAGCGGGACCGCAGAGAGGUUGACGCCGCUCUACCGGCUGCUGCAGCCCCUGGCCGGCUGCGCCCGGGUGGUCCAGUGCGCCGAGGCCGUGCCCACCCUGCUCCGGGCGUUCUUCUCGGCGGUGACACAGUUUGCUGACGGGGCCCUGGCCAGCCAGCUGGCACUGCUGCUUCUGGAACGAAGCGACUCGCUUUACCAGGUCCCGGGGUAUGAAGCCCGUGUGCACAGGGUGCUGAGCUCCCAGUUCCCGGCCUUGUGCAAGCUGCAUCCUCCACUGGUGGUCGAGCAGGCGAAGGAGCUGCUGCAGUUUGUGGGCGGCCCCCGCAGCGGCGGGCACGUGCUCACAUCCGUGGUGUGGGCCAUCGGCGAGUACCUGUCGGUGUCCUGGGACCGGCGCUGCACCGUGGAGCAGAUCAACAACUUUUUCGAAGCCCUGGAGGCCCUGCUCUUCGAGGUCACCCAGUCGCGGCCCUCCACCACCCUUCCCAAGUGUCCUCCGCAGGUCAUCACCGUGCUCAUGACCACACUGACCAAGCUGGCCUCCCGGAGCCAAGACCUGAUUCCCAGGGUCUCCCUGCUCCUGUCAAAGAUGAGAACCUUGGCCCAGAGCCCAGCAACGGGCUCCGUGCCCGGUGAGGAGGGCGCGGGAGCCAUCCACGUGCGGGCCACGGAGCUGCUGAACCUGCUGAAAAUGCCCAGCGUGGCCCAGUUUGUGUUCACGCCCAGCGUGGAGGCGUCCGAGCCCCGCUAUCACCGUGACACCAACACGGCCCUGCCCCUGGUCCUGCGUAUGGUCAGCCGGCUGGUGGAGAGGGAGGCGGGCCUCCUGCCAGGAUGA